AUGGCCCCUGCUUAUGAGAGCGAGAUCGAAGAAAUUGAAGAACCCGUGAACAUCUACAAUUACCAGAAUACCCCUGAAAAUCGCUCAUGGGCCGAAGGAUGCGUGCGGCGUAAGGUUUGCAGCGAACAUCAAAGGAAUUGCUAG